AUGUCUGACUUUGGUGAUGAUGAUGUUGGUGGCGCUGGCGGUGACGAGCCCAUGUACGAGGACGAGGAGGUUACCGAGUACUACGACCCCGAGGUUGUCGAAGAGGAUGAGGAUGGCGAGAACCGACCUCAGGAUGGCGAGGAUAUGGACAACGUCGUUGUUUCUGGAGACCCCUCUGCCGCCGCGAACGCGCUCAAGGGCGGCGAGAAGCUGCUCAAAGACAAGAAGAUCCCCGAGGGCGAGCGAACCACGACGCCUUACAUGACCAAGUACGAGAGGGCGCGCAUCCUCGGAACCCGCGCCCUGCAGAUCAGCAUGAAUGCGCCCGUGCUUGUUGAUCUCGAGGGCGAGACGGACCCCCUGCAGAUUGCCAUCAAGGAGAUGCGGGAGAAGAAGAUCCCCUUGAUCGUGCGACGAUACCUUCCGGACGGCUACUACGAGGACUGGACCUGCGAGGAACUGCUGCAGUGA